AUGAAGCACAUUGCAUUUGUCAGAUCUCUUCGUGCCUGCACUGCCCUUUCUAGAAUAAAUGGAUCUUUGCAAUUUUGUUUUUUUCAACAUGAUUUUGUUCCAAGAGAUCCCAAAACCAAGCCUAAACGCUGUAAAUAUCCUGCACUUAACUGCAUUUAUGAUCCAUAUGGACCAAGACCUCCGCCUGCUGAUAAAAUUCUUCAGCUGGCCGAGCGAAUUAUUGUUCUACCUACAGAAGAACGAAGACAAAUUGGUCCUUCUCUUCAUGAGAGGUUAAGACAUCCAAAGUUGCAGCCAAUUUCAACCGAAGGCAUGGACAUAGGUCCAAGUGGGGAUCAAGGACCUGUAAAGGUUGAGGAGAAAAAAGAGAAAACCGCAUUUGAUGUAAAGCUGGAGAAGUAUGAUGCUGCUUCAAAGAUCAAAGUAAUUAAAGAAGUGAGGGCAUUCACUAAUUUGGGAUUAAGGGCUAAAGACUUGGUUGAGAAGGUCCCGGUUUCGCUUAAACAAGGGGUAACCAAAGAGGAAGCAAAUGAAAUGAUAGACAAGACAGAGGCAGCCGGAGACAUUGCAAUUAUGGAUUGA